CUAACUUACCCAGAAGUUUGCAGUCUCCUGGUAUUCUGAGUGGCCCUUGAACAGAAGCAUGUCGAUGACGGGUAGAUCCUGAACGAAACGAUGCUUCUCGAACUCUGCGCGGAUCUUGGAUCGCACAACGGAGAGAGGCAGGUCCAACUGGUAUAGAGAGACGAUCUCAGGCGCCUAAGUAGCCAUAAGCAUCAGUCAAAGCUAUCUCGAGACACUGGCGUAGCAGUAUCAUACUUCUCGCUGCCAGGAUCUGUAGAGUUUGAGGGCACGGGUGCGAGCAACGGCGUGAGAGCCGGACUGCAUAGUCCUCUGUGCGAGGAAGGUGGGUUUCGUUUUGCUCAUGAGCGUCAUCUUUGGUGGUUAUUGCACGGUUCGUGAAUGGUCGACUGGGUGUGUUGCAGGUGCAUGUGUGCUGCAACCAACUACCGGAGAACUCGUGCCUGGCGUACGAGGUCGAGCUGUACGAGCAGUACGAGCCCAACAGUUUCAAACAGAGAUGCUGCCGGCUUUAAGGAGAAUCAUCUUGGUGCAAGGAGUCGCUCGUCGGGGUUUGGCUACGUCUUCGACUGUGCAGCUCGCCUACUACAAGCAGGACCCAGAUCAACAACAAGAUGGCGCAUCUCCUCUUAUCAUCAUGCACGGCCUUUUCGGCUCCAAACAAAACUGGCGAUCACUGUCAAAAGCAUUUGCAAGAGACCUGAACCGACAAGUCUUCUGUCUUGAUCUGCGGAAUCACGGCGACAGUCCUCACACGGAUCGCCAUGAUUAUGAGAGCAUGGCCGGAGAUGUGGCGGCUUUCAUCCAAGAGCAAAAACUUGACUCGCCAAUAUUGAUGGGACAUUCGAUGGGUGCCAAAGUCGCAAUGACUCUCGCCCUGCAGAACCCUGACCUCGUUCAUCGUCUGAUUGCGGUUGACAACGCUCCCGUCAACGCAAUCCUGAGCCGUGAUUUCGCCCGUUACGUGCGCGCCAUGAAGAGGAUUGAUCAGGCCAAGGUAUCGAAACAGAGCGAGGCCGACGAGAUAUUGAAGGAGGACGAACAGAACAUUGGCAUCCGUCAGUUUCUGCUCACCAACAUGUUCCGUGAUCCAGAGACGAAGACCCUCAAGUUCCGCAUUCCCUUGGACGUUCUUGCAAAGAGCCUCGAUAGAAUGGGAGAGUUCCCGUAUCUGCCUGAGACGCACCGCUACGCUAAGCCGACGCUGUUUGUCCGCGGAACAACCAGUCAUUACGUGCCUGAUGACAUUAUUCCACUGAUUGGGCGCUUCUUCCCGAGGUUCACUCUGAACAGCAUCGAAGCGGGACAUUGGGUGCAAGCGGAAAAGCCGAACGAGUUCAAGGAAGCCGUAGAAACUUGGAUCAAAGACCAGGAAACUGAUUAGAGCACACGAAAUAACCUUA